AGAUGAAUCCGGUAAAGCCUUUCACACACAAACACACAUUUCUGCGUAGAUAGUCUUAUAGUCGUCAUGAAUGUUAGUGAUGAUGCAUGGUGUCGUGUGCGCGAGCCUGAAGAAACACAGCGAGACUCGAACCGAUCGCGACACACAUGGAGCAUCCGAACCUUCUUGUUUUUUUCCUUUUGUAAAUAUAUCGCCGCCACGCAGCGUCCGGACGGCACGUGGAGGAAACCGCGGCGCGUGAAGGACGGAUACGUCCCGCAGGAGGAGGUCCCGGUCUAUGAGAACAAGUACGUCAAGUUCUUCAAGAGCAAACCCGAGCUGCCGCCCGGCAUGAACCCUGAGGACGCGGCUCAGACCCGACAGCAGCAGGCCGUGAGCGGAGCCCAGAAACAGAGCGACGCCGCCGGACUCUCCAAAACCGCCAAGCGCAACAUGAAGCGCAAAGAAAAGCGCAAACAGCACAGCCAGACUCCACAGGAAGCCUCGGAGGACGUGAAGGGCCUGAGUAAGGAGCUGGACGCGAUGAAAGUCACAGAGGAGCAGAAGAGAGUGACGGCCGAGCCUGAAGCUGCGGAUCCGACGGCGGCCGCAGAGAAAGCCAAGAAGAUAAAGAACCUGCGGAAGAAGCUGCGACAGGUGGAGGAGCUCCAGCAGAAGGUGGAUUCGGGAGAGCUGGAGACCCCCAGCAAGGAGCAGCUGGACAAACUGGGACGGGGCCAGGCCUUACGGGAUGAGCUGAGGCUGCUGGAAGGACAUUUGUGAGGCCAGCUGUCAGUCAGACGUGUCCGUUUCCAUUGACAGUCGUGUCAGGGUGUGUUUGUAUUUCAGUCAAAGCUGUAACCACUUCAUUCUUGUGUUUUAUACAUCAUGAAGACACACGUGGUGGCAUCUUGCGCUCUGGACUCUUGAUGCGGGUCGUCCAGAACCUGCACGAGCGCAGAUGAUUCCACUCUCUGUAAUCAUGUCAUCCAGACGGAGCGCCCUGCGACUCUCUGUCAUAGAUUAGAGACUGAUGGACUACAGAUCCAUGCUGUCAUCAUUUUUUUUACCACUGUAGUAAUAAUGGCAUGAAAUAGUAAUGUGUAGAAUUGUGUUAUAUAUUAAACAUAGAACAACAGUC